GCAACGGUCCGGUCAAAGAGCACCAAUGACAUCAACUUCUUUAUCAAUUUUUUUCAAUUGCAGUAAAUAUUUUGAUCAUAUUUUAAGCAAUUUCUGAAAUAUUAAUACGUGUUCUUUGUUCAAAUAAGUUAUACAAUAAGAUCAAGCAAUGGCCCGAGUCCUAGUUGGAGUUAAACGAGUAAUCGAUUACGCAGUAAAGAUUCGAGUCAAGCCUGAUAAAACAGGCGUUGUUACCGAUGGAGUCAAACACUCGAUGAACCCAUUCGACGAGAUUGCUGUCGAAGAAGCGGUCAGAUUAAAAGAGAAGAAGAUAGCUUCGGAAAUCAUAGCUGUAUCUUGUGGUCCAGCACAAAGUCAGGAAGUGUUACGAACAGCUUUGGCUAUGGGAGCUGAUCGAGGUAUACACGUAGAAGUCAGUGGACCCGAAUAUGAUACUCUACAACCAAUCCACGUAUCGAAAAUAUUAGCCAAGUUGGCCCAAGAUGAAAAAGCUGAUAUCGUUAUUUUAGGCAAACAGGCUAUCGACGAUGAUUCCGCACAAACUGCUCAAAUGACAGCUGGAUUAUUGAACUGGCCUCAAGCUGUGUUCGCCUCAAAAGUUGAAAAAACAGGCGACGAGUUACAAGUGACUAGAGAAAUCGACGGUGGUUUAGAAACAGUCAAGGUGAAACUCCCGGCGGUUAUCAGUGCUGAUUUACGUCUAAACGAACCUCGUUAUGCUACGUUACCUAAUAUCAUGAAAGCGAAGAAAAAACCAAUCAAAAAAUUAACUCCGAAAGACGUCAACGUUGAUACUACGCCUAGAAUUCAAAUCCUCAGUGUCGAAGAACCUCCUGUCAGACAAGCUGGUGCCAUUGUCCCAGAUGUGGAUACUUUAUUAAUCAAAUUGAAAGAAAAAGGACACAUAUGAUCAUCUAAUUGAAUCGGAGCUUAGUUUGGAGCCAUCCAUGUCUGAAUUAUUAAUAUCGGAAUCAUGUAUGAUGUCAAGUUGUAUUUAGCAGUUUAGAUAAAUUGGUUUUUUGUUAUGUAUUGAUUAUUAUCCUUUCCCAGAAAUCUAAUGUUACAUAUGUAUUUUUUUUCUGAAUAUUUUUAAUGGUUCAUGAAGUUUUAUUUCUGUUUCGCUGGUUGAUUGGGUGGGCAUUUGGGAUGAUAAAUUACAUUUAAAUGAUGAUUCUGUGAUACGUAAUAGAUCGUUAAUUAUUAAUCGUUAUAUGGGGGAAUUCAAUUAUUAUUUAUGAACAUUAUAUUUCUUUAUCCAUACAUAUUUUUUUCAUAUACUUAUUUGCCAGUACCGUACUUUUCUACUUCCGUGUAAAUUUAUUACCUUUAUGAUAUUUUAAUCUCCUUGAAAUACAUCAUUUUUUUGAAACGUAAA